CAAUAAAAAAAUAAAGAGGUAAUUAAUGUAACGAUUAAUGAAAUUUAAUUAAUUCAAAAUCUAGAAGCGAAGUACGCCGACGUAAGGUUUGACGGCGGAACCCAAAUAGAAUCUGCCGUUAUGCUCUUCCACCUCACUCACGGAGCUCAAACGGUCGCUGCCGUGGCCGUCAAGAAACUGCACAAUCCGUCCGUCUUCCGCAAACUUGAUCCCGAUCGAAUCUCUAACGGCGUCGCCGCCGGCGGCAAGCGUCUCGUCCCUCAGCUCCGACCUCCCGCUGUUCAGCGCCACCCAAAACUCCCCCCUCCGGUUCCUCUUCACGUUAUCCGGCGCCCUUAUCAGCUGGGCAAACAACUCCGGCGGCGCCAAACCGCCGCCGCCGCCGAGACGGAACUUGUACAGCCUCCGAGUGCCGCCUUCCGCCACUACGAGGAAAGACCCGUCCCUGCUAAGGGCGAUCCCGUUGGGGAAAGCCAGUCCCCUGUACAGAACCCUCACGCGCUUGUCCCGCGCGUGGUACGCCAACACCCUCCCGGUUCUCUCUCCUCUGUUGAACGACAUGAGAUAUUCUCGGCGCUGGAAAACCGCGCUGCUGUCGGUGAAGUACACGACUCCGGUUCUCUCGUCGAUGUCCAGACCGUUCGUGAGCCGGAACGGGACUCCCUCCACCGAGUUGGCGAGAUGCUCGGCGAACCCGCCAGCGGGCCCCACCCUGAGGAGGCCGAAGUAGGCGUCGGCGAUGUAGAGAUCGCAGGUGGCGCGGUUGAACUUGAGGCCCAGCGGCCGGCCGCAGACAGGUUCGGAGUUCGGGUCGGUGGUUCCGUCGCAGAGAGCUCGGUUCCGGUUCGGGAGAGGGAUGGAGAACUCGGACCAGCCGCGGGACCGGCCGUUCCACUUGAGGACCCUGCCGUCGGAGACGCCGACGUAGGGCCCGGCACCGUUGCAGUCGAAUGCUAUGCUCUCAGGGCCGAGGCCGCCGGGGAGGGGGAUCUCGCCGUAUCUCCUACUAGGAUUAUUGGGACCGUCGCCGGCGGCGCCACCGUGGAGGAGCAACAAGAGGGAAAAGAGAAAGAGAGAGCGGAACACGAACAACCCACAGUCUUCAUCUCAGUGUUAUGAAUUAAUUUGCAAGAGAAAUUGGACUUUGUUUGUUUGAAGCAAUUGCAUAUGGUAAUAUAUGUUGAUGCAUGUG